CAUGAAAAGUUCGGGGACCACUGGGCUAAGAGGCAUGCAUGGAGGUAACAGCAGAGAUGCUCUCUAGGUUUCAGACGUAUUGUGACAAUUGACAAAACAGUAUUCAGAAUCCCUGUUUUCUCUCAGGGCUUAAAAAUAUCCAUCUUCUCAGUCUAGCAAUAUAAAUAGAUCAACUUAUUUACCCAAAUCUCACUGCUCUGGCAAGAACUUUUCAAUUCAGACCUCGUGCUUCAUGGAGAGGGAACUCUUACAUAGGAGCCUAUUUAAGAUUAACAAGAUCCCUUGUUUUGACUAACUAAAAUAGGCACAAGGCAUAAAUGCUUCCUUUCAGCCCAGAGUAGCAGGGAUAGGAAAAGUUGGCCUCUUAGGGAUCUAUAGAGCUGGGGUCUGAUUUGGGGGAGGUGCUGAAUGCUCUGGAUAAGUGCUGACUUCAGUGGGAGGUGAGGGUGCUCAGUACCGCCUAAGGCUGCCAACAGUCCCUUAUUUUUUCAUCUCGAUACAAGAUUUGGAAUUGCUGAGUGCUGUAAAAAAUAGCAAGAACACACCUAGCGAAUGCAAAACUUUCUUCUCCUGUGCCUGACCAACAACAGAGUUACAGCAGCUCAAACCUUUGCAGACCGGAAAUUUGUUUUCUCUUCUUCAUAACCAACGUUCCAUGGUGGCAACCUUCUUCUCCAGUUAACAUCCUUGUGGAAAUGAAGAGUGAUCCUCUCAAGCUAUUCCUUUGGCUCUUGCUGCUCAUUGCUGAUGGUUUGGUUUUCGGAACUGAUAAACCAGAAAGAGAAAGGGCUGUUAAGCUGAUGAAGCAAGCCCCUCUAAUUGAUGGGCACAAUGACCUUCCCUUACGACUGAGGAUAUUGUACAAAAACAGACUAAGUAAAAUCAACUUAAAAACCCUCAACACCACAGUCACAAACAUCCAGAAACUUCAGAAUGGCCACGUUGGAGCUCAGUUUUGGUCAGUGUAUGUUCUGUGUAAUGCUCAGAACAAGGAUGCUGUGCGUCUGACCCUAGAGCAGAUCGAUGUUGUCAAGAGGAUGUGUCAAAGAUAUCAAGAAUUUGAAUUUGUUACUACUUCUCAAGGUAUUGCUGAUAGUAAAAAGAUAGCCUGCUUGAUUGGAAUAGAAGGUGGCCAUUCCAUUGACAGCAGUCUCGCAACACUAAGGAUCUAUUAUGACCUGGGUGUUCGGUACAUGUCUUUAACACACACCUGCAAUACUCCAUGGGCAGAAUCUUCAUCAAAGGGCGUACAUAACUUUUAUCCUUAUGUGACUGGGCUGAGUUCAUUUGGCAAAGAAGUGGUGAUGGAAAUGAAUCGAUUGGGGAUGAUGAUAGAUUUAUCCCAUACAUCAGACUCCACAGCAAAAAUGGUUCUUAAUAUCUCCAGAGCACCAGUCAUUUUUAGUCAUUCUUCAUCCUUCUCUGUUUGUAACCAUUCAAGAAAUGUUCCUGAUGAUAUUCUUCAGACUUUGAAAAUAAAAAAUGGAAUUGUGAUGGUGACUUUCUAUUCAAAGGUGGUGGCCUGUGGAAGAGAGAUUGUGAAUAUUUCAACUGUUGCAGAUCAUUUUGACCACAUAAAGAAAGUUGCAGGCUCAAAAUCAAUUGGAAUUGGUGGUGACUACGAUGGAGUGGAUCAAUUCCCAGAAGGACUGGAAGACGUUUCAAAAUACCCUGGAUUGAUUGAGGAACUUCUGAGAAGAGGUUGGACUGAAGAAGAACUGAAAGGGGUUUUAAGGGAAAACUUAAUCCGUGUUUUCAAGGAGGUGGAAAACGUGAGGAAUAUCAUGAAUGAGAGUGAGAAUGAGAAUGAAAUCCCACAAGAAGAGGUGCAAAAUUCCUGUCGUUUAGACCUCAGAAAACCUCCUAUUGCAACUUCCUGUGGAUCUCCUUCUGUGGUACAGCUAUUCGGUCUAAUGUUCAUUACUGUAAUAAUAUUGCAUUUCCAAUGCAUUGAAACCUGAUGGUUCAAAAGGGUUAUUGAAUACACAUACCCAAACAACAUUACAUGUAGAGUGAACUGCAAUGCAAGUGGAUAAGUCUUCUGCUUAGCUACAAAGUUGUACCUCAAAGAUGUGUUAAUAAUAUUAAACCUUUAGCCAUAAUUUCUAAGAACCUCCUACAUAUGGUAAAGAUUACUUUUUCUUAAGUGCUUAGAUAGCAAUGUAUGACAUUCUAAGGGCAUGAUUCUGCUUAGUGCUGAAUACUCUUGGAUCCACUGAUGUUGAAGGAAGCUGGUAAUGCCCAGUACCUCAGGUCGGAUUCUAUGCCAUGUGCAAGGCCCGUGGUUUACAGUUUUUAUUUUGUUUAAAAUUCCCUGGAAAGUUUAGUGUUUAUUACAGUGGUCUUUAACCUUUUUAAUCACAAGAUCGCUUUUUCAAUUUAAGUGCAAUGUAAGAUCUACCUCAAACCCAAAGAUCCUUGCCCA